AUGGCGACAGCACGCCUCCUCCCACGUCCACUGCGCUUGCUAUCUACCCUCCGAACAAACCCGUACCCACCUCGGCGCACUUUCAUCUCCAUCCCCGACCCCACCAAGCCGCAAAUCCUAACCGCCUCGCGCCGCCUCCCCUACGACCACGAGCGCCUCUACGACAUCAUCGCCGACGUCGAUUCCUACGUGCGCUUCCUACCAUACUGCAAAGUCUCGCGCGUAACACGCUGGACCGACCCCAUACCCACACCAACGCCGUCUUCUUCACCCAAUUCUUCGUCUCCCGGCAACCCACACACCACCACCACCGCCCGCCGCUGGCCCACCCAAGCCGACCUAACCGCCGGCUGGGGCGGUUUCGAAGAGACCUACACGAGCCGGCUAUUCUGCGUGCCCACACUCGGUAUCGUAGAAGCUAUAAGCGGCGACGCGCGGACCGAGAUCCCCGCCUCCUCGCUGCGCAGCCACGGCCUCACAGACCCCGGGCCGGACAUCGGCAGCCGGGGCGUAUUCAAGAGCCUAGUAACGCGAUGGACGGUAGUCCCGGCUCGCGACGCGGUCCGCCAAGAACGCUUCCAGCAUGGCUGGAGUGACGUCCGGCUCACGAUAAAGUACCAAUUCGCGAACCCCUUGUAUACGGCUGUGAGCUCGGCUGUUGCCGAUAAGGUCGCGGGCGUUAUGGUGGAGGCGUUUGUGCAGCAGGCCCAGCGCGUGCUGAAGGAGACUAGGAAUGAUCCGGGGGUCGUGCGGUGA